AUGUCAAAACCGCAUGAAGAUGAUGAUAUCGCUAUCAUUGGCAUGUCAUGCCGAUUUGCUGGCGCCGAUUCUCCCUCGAAAUUAUGGGACAUCUUGGCCUCAUCUCAAGACGUUGGAUCGGACAUCACUCGCUUCAACGUAGAUGGUUAUUACAAACCUGAUGGCGGCCGUAAGAAAGGAUUGACAAACGUCCGCCGGGCAUAUUUGAUGGAGGCUCCUAUUGAUAGGUUCGACAAUACUUUCUUCAAUAUUGCUCCUCUAGAGGCCGAAGCAAUGGAUCCCCAGCAACGGAUAUUGUUGGAGGUCUCCUAUGAGGCUGUUGAAAAUGCCGGCGUGCCUCUCCAUCAGUUUCAAGGAAGUGAUACAGCGGUGUACGUAGCGACAAUUGUGAAUGACUACCAAGCCAGUCUUUUGAGAGAUAUCGACCAGACCCCGACAUACCACGCCACUGGUACGUCUAACGCCAUCUUGUCCAAUCGGAUCAGCUACGCCUUUGACUUGCACGGCGCCAGUGUCUCAAUUGACACAGCCUGCUCGGGAACAAUGGUUGGUUUGCACUUGGCGGUGAAUGCAUUAAAGAAAGGGGAGUCUCAAAUGGCGUUAGUCUGUGGUGCCAACGUAAUAUUGAGUCCGGACAUGUUCGUGCACAUGUCAGAACUGGGCUUUCUCAGUCCGUCAGGCAGAUGCCGUUCCUUUGAUGCAUCAGGCGAUGGCUACGCUCGUGGUGAUGGCGUUGCUGCCAUAUUGUUGAAACCCCUGUCUCAGGCGUUGAGGGAUGGCGACACUGUGCGUGCCGUCGUCAAGGGAACCAGGCUCAAUCAAGACGGGCGAACCCAGGGGCUUACGAUGCCUUCUGGAGAUGCUCAAAGACGAAAUCUUGAGGCGCUAUACAGCCAGCCAGGGCUGUCGCCAGCGGACAUUCAAUAUGUUGAAGCACAUGGUACCGGCACCGCAGUGGGCGAUCCAAUAGAAAUGGGUGCGAUUGACGCUGUCUUUGGGGACUCGCAUCGUACCAAUAAACUUGUGGUUGGAUCUAUUAAGAGCAAUAUCGGCCACCUGGAGUCAACGGCCGCACUGGCCGGUAUCAUCAAGACAGUAGAGGCUCUGGAGCGAGGUCAAAUCCCUCCGCAAAUGCACUUCGAGAAGCCUAACCCAAAAAUCGACUGGAACCGAGUUCAGGUCCCUACCACCAUCAUGAACUGGCCUCCAACGAGAAAUGGAGUUCGCCGCGCGGGCGUCAACUCGUUUGGUUUUGGCGGCACGAAUGGCCAUGCUGUUUUGGAAUUUCAUCCUGUUCCAGAUUCGCCUCAAGGCGUUAUUGACGAGUCUCCAUUCCUCUUCAAAGUUUCUGCUGCAAGUGAAUCAUCGCUGGUCGAACUGGCAAACGCAUAUGCAGACUAUGUCGAACGGGUGAGGCCUGGUUUGGUGGAUUUAUCACACACUCUUUUGGCUCGCCGUUCAACACUUAAAAAGUCUGCAUAUCUAAUAGCUUCAUCACAUGAGGAGUUAGUCACUGCUUUGAAAGAGCAGAAAUGGAAGACACUUACGUUGAGUAAUAAACCAAUCCACAAGAUUGCAUUCGUUUUUACUGGGCAAGGGGCACAAUGGCCGCAAAUGGGAAAGCAACUACUAAAUAUAUCUCCUUUAUUCCGUUCGACUAUAUCUGCUUGUGAUGAAGCAUUGUCCGCGCUCCCUGACGGUCCAGCUUGGUCGAUAGCAGAGGAACUAAAGCGACCAAAAGAGACGUCUCGUCUGUCCAAGGCUAGCUUUUCACAACCAAUUUGUACAGCUCUUCAAAUCGGACUUGUAGAGCUAUGGAAGUCAUGGGGGAUAACACCCCACGAUGUAGUUGGGCACUCUUCCGGGGAAAUUGGUGCAGCAUACAGCGCCGGAUUUCUCUCCCUUCGAGAUGCAAUUGUCAUAGCAUAUUACCGCGGUCUGUAUUUAGGGGAGAAUGCACCUGUAAGGAUUUCGAAACAACGGAAAGGCGCCAUGUGCGCAGUUGGGUUGGGAGAAGCAGGAUGUGCCGAGAUCUUGCAGAAGUACGCCGGCCGUAUCGGUCUUGCUGCGGUCAACUCCCCAAGCAGUUGUACGCUGUCAGGUGAUGCUGAUGCAAUCGAAGAGGUGGUAAGUUUCUGCGCUGAAAAGGGCACAUUUUGUCGCGCUCUUCGCGUUGAUAUGGCCUAUCAUUCGGACCAUAUGUUACCACUGGCACCCUCCUAUGAAAAUGCUAUGUGCGCAUCCGGCAUCAGAGAAUCAAACAUGUCUCACAGCACGGGUGAGAUGUUCUCCUCUGUGUUUGGGCGCCGCCUGUCCGCAAGCGACAUCACACCAGGCUAUUGGAAGGAGAACAUGGUGUCCACAGUCCGCUUCAUGGAUGCCGUGUCGGAACUUGCUCUCAAUUCAAAUCCUGAUGUUUUCAUCGAAAUAGGCCCUCAUCCUGCCUUGACAGGCCCAGUCCGUGAUAUCUUGGCUAGUAUUCGUGUUUCAGACACGGUACACCUCUCCUCUUGUACAAGAGGAAAACCAGAUCUUGUGGCGAUGCUUGAGAACGUGGGUGAAAUGAUAUCAAUUGGCAUUCCUGUGAAUUGGCCGGCUGUGAACGCAUAUUUUUCAAGUAAUUCUCAGACUGGAAGAGUGCUCACAGAUGUCCCGACUUACCAAUGGGACCAUUCCAGCGUAAACUGGGGUGAAUCCCGAGUCAGUCUCGCUAUACAAAAGCGUCAAUUUCCUCGCCAUGAACUGUUAGGCGCGAGAGCUCCGAAUGAUACACCACUGGCUCCUAUCUGGAGAAAUAUUUUGUCGACGAAAGACCUUCACUGGCUAGAUGAUUGCCACGAAGGGACACCCAGAGCCCUUCCAGCCGCCAUUUUUACAUUGAUGGCUGUGGAGGCUGGGCGUCAGCUGAGCCUUUGCGAGAAAUUAGAUGUGAAUUUUAUGUCUUUGAAGGAUUUGAAAAUACUCAACCCGUUCACCAUGCCACAGAAUGCCGUUGAAACAUUAUUCAUGGCUCGCAAGUCUGAUGGGGCACUGAAUUGGCAAUUCGAAAUUCAGUCGGGCCCCAUAAAGUCGAACAUCGGAACUUGGGAGAGACACUGCGUCGGUGAAAUAACAUUCUCCAAUUAUUCUAUUCGCUCUCCGGAUAUUCAACGAUCUGAGGCUAAGGCACAUGACGAAGAGAUGUUUCGCUAUUUGAAAUCACUCGAAAUUGUACAAAUGCCGCCGGUCUCCGAUUUCAAGGUAUCUGCGGAUCUUGCCAACGGAAGAUUUAGUAGGAAAAUUGAAGGAUAUGAGAACUAUCCAGUACACCCUCUUCUUCUAGCAUCUCUGUUAGACUCCUCGGAAUUGCUCAUGCUGCAAAAAGGGCCGCCGGCAUUCUAUAGCAUCCAGUGCCUAGACCGCAUUGAUUUGCCAUUGGGAUCUUGUAGGAUCGAGGCUGGAUCAUUUGGAACACUCCUCUCCCAUCAUAGCCCUGUCAGUGGCAGGGCACGUCUCGACAUCGCGGGUCAGGAUGAAUUCCUCACGAUCGACGGAAUUCAUCUGCACAUUGACGGCCUGGUACAGAAGGGAUUGCCACUAGCUUCAACAUUCUUCACAUCGCGCACUGUGCCUGACAUUACAUAUAUAUCGAGAUCUACUGACAUGUCUAUCAGUUAUAUCCUUCAACUGGUCACUCAUCAAUGGCCCAUGAGCGAUAUUGGUCUUGUCGGAUUAUCGCACCCUGACAUACUUGCAAUAACCUCAUCAUUGAAAGGAACCAAAGCUCAGGAACGCUCGCAAUUUCGAACUUUAGAUAUAGUGGAUAGCUCUGACCUGAUGGACCUUGAAUCAAAUCGUAUUCGAAUCUUGGAUGAACUGGACCUAUCCCGAAAGUACCACCUCUUAGUCGGCGCCGCAAAGUCUCUGAUCUCAGAUGUGAAUCAUUUGCUUCCACAUGGGAUUGUAUGCGUGCAGUUGAAAGAUCCCGGUGACCAAGAACAAUUUGACAAACACUUUACCGAAAUAUGCAGAAUUAACGGCCUCUCUGACAAUAAUUGGGUAUUGGCAAAAGCUCAUGCUCCCCAGAAUGGCACUAUCGUGCCACGCAAGGUACAGAUUUUUGCACCCACUAAUCGACAAGUGGAGCCAUUUAAGGAGUACGUGGAUUUCGAAAUGAUUCCCCUUGACGAUCCAUUCGCGUUGGACCAAUGGAGAAAUUCCAUGUCUGGUAGAGCAUCUGAAGAAAAAGUUGAUAUCAUCAUAUAUGACGUCGGAAAGAGAUCGAUUUUGACAACCUGGCACGGAUCCGAUUUCCUGCCGUGGAUUAAAGCUCUCUUGGGAUGUGCCAACAGUGUCCUCUGGGUCGGAGAGCAAAUUGAAGCCAAUCCCUAUCAGAGUGUCGCAUCGAGCUUUGUUAAGACGGUCAAGGCCGAGCAGCCUUCGAUUAUGAUAUCUAGUCUCCUGUUUCAAGGCCCUCAGGAACCGCAGUUUGUGGCUCGCACGACAUAUGAUGUGUUGAACGACAUGAUUCACGGAAAACGUGAUGUUGAACUGAUAGUGAAAGUCGGGCUCAUUCACAGUGUACGAUACUUCCCGGACGACGCUCUCUCGGCCACCGUUGGUAUAAUUCCCCCAGUGGUCAGUGAUGUGUCAAAUGCGGAUGAAUAUCAUCUCUCCGUGACUGGUAAGGAGAGCAUCGCGUUGGUUCACGAAAAGUCUGUUCGUCAUGGGCCCCCUGCUCAUGGAAAAGUGCGAGUUGAAAUCGAAAGUUCGAUCAUUGACGAUACCGAUAUUGUAGCCUUCAGUGGUGGAGGACUCAGUAGCACCCAGUGGAAUGGCUUGGGACACUACUUCGCUGGCAGAGUAAUUGCCUGUCUUGAUGACAAUGCAGACCUUCGACUCGGGACGCGCGUUGUCGGAUUCUCUCCCGACGCGGACACGCAUCAACACAAGCUGGAUAUUGAUUCAAAAUAUGUUCAUGCUUUGCCCGGCUCCUUGUCAUACUCAGAAGCAGCGGUGCGUUUUGCGGUGUAUUUGACAGCGCGGGUGCUCGUCUCAGCCAUUGCCCGGCCCACGGCAGCCGACACCUUCCGUAUCGGGACUCCUGGACUUCUGGGCGCCGCACUCGAAGAAACCUGCCGAGUUCUGGACGUCACAACUUCUGACAGACUUGAUGCUGACUUUUAUGUCACGUUUGAUCCCAAACAGGGCUUAUUGCUUAAUGAUCGAGCAGUGAAGAUUAUCAAACACUGUGAACAAGACCACUUACGUGCAUUCGCCUACGAGAUGCUCACAAGGGGCUCGAUUUCCACGACCGCGCUGUCCGUUUUCCCCAUCCAGGAUUAUAAAAAGGCCUUUGCAUCAGCAAAGCUUCAACCAUUUGGCACCGUGCUCUCUCAUUCUGCAGCUCAGAGACUUCCAGAAGCACUUAUCUACCCGGCAUCGCGUGGCCAGCUCUUCCGCCACGACGGCGCUUAUGUCUUGAUUGGCGGCCUGGGUGGCCUGGGCCAGCAUAUAUCGCGAUGGAUGGUUCACAACGGGGCUAGACACAUCUAUGCAUUGAGUCGCAGCGCUGCUGUUUCCUCCGAGGCACAGCGUCUAAUAGCGGAAAUGCAGGAUGAGGGUGCGUCGAUUCAAGUGAUCCGAGCUGAUGCUACUAACUCUAUCGUACUCCAGUCGGCCCUUGAGGAAAUUCGCAAAUCCCUUCCAAUCAAAGGAUGUAUCAACUUAGCCAUGGUUCUGUCUGACUCGGCCAUCUCAACUAUGACUCCAGAGCAAUGGGACAGUGCCGUGCAGGUCAAGAUCAAAUCUACGUGGAAUUUACAUGUCGCCACAAUGCAGGAAGAUGACUUAGACUUCUUCAUUAUGUUUUCCUCGGUAGCUUCGAUAUUUGGCAACAGAACACAGUCUAAUUACGCCACUGGAAACGCAUUUUUAAACUCCAUGUCAAGUUAUCGUCAUUCUUUGAAUCUGCCAGCGACGACUAUUGCGCUAGGCCCUGUUGUCGGUAUCGGGGUGUUGGCCAACAAGGAAGAACUGCUACGAAGCUUCCAUGUCAGUGGAUUUGCUGCUUCUGAUGCAGAGGAACUUGACCAGAUUAUGACAGCCGUUGUCUUAGAGUCACUAUCGCUAGAACGGUCGGUCAUCACAGUAGGCUUUCAGAUGUUUGAAGCAAUAGACGGGGUGAUAAAAUCUGCGCCCGAGCAGACGCAGCUAUAUUGGACUGAAUACCCCGAGUUCAGUCCGUUGAUGGACCACAAGAUUGGCACUGGAAUUGCAAACCAAAAGUCCCUUCUUGAAAAACUUCAAGAGUCUAACAGUGAUACUAGUGCAGUAGCACACGAGAUGUUGCAAGAUGCAUUCUUUGCAUGCCUGCAAAAUCUAUUGGGAACGCAAGACGCUCGUUUUGACGCCAGCAUGCCUUUGUCUAAGUACGGGAUUGAUUCAUUGAAUGCGGUAGCCAUUCGCUACUGGUUUUUCAAGGAGAUUGGUAUUGACGUUCCGGUGUUUGACAUUCUGGGCAGUCAAAAUAUCGAGAAACUAAUAUCGCGUACUCUUCGAAAACUGUAUGACGUGGAAUCGGCUGAUAAAACAUCAAUCAAGAAAAUUACCGCGCCAGAACGACUCGAAAACCUGACGAUCCGGCCAUUGUCUCACUCUCAACGACGGCUGUGGUUUUUGCAUAAUUUCUUGCCUGAUCAAACAACGUACAACCUGCUACUUGUCUGCUAUAUCGCUGGUACAGUUGAGCCACACCUCUUUGCUCAAGCAUGGACAAUCCUCAUGUCUCGACACGAAGUUCUGAGAUCAAAGAUUGUCGAUACUCCUGAUGGUCUCCAACAGAUUCCCGUUGAAGGCGCCGAAUUUCCUCUCCGUGUGAUAGACACUACGGCAGAUGAAUUCCUCGCUGAGGUGGACAGGGUAUCUGACUUGGCAAGAAGCCAUGUUUUUAACUUGGAAGCAGGCGAAGUUAUUCGAGGAUGGCUUGUUCGUUCCCCAGCAGGGACUCGUUUCUUUUUGGCCUCUCACCACCUCGCCUGGGAUAGAGCGUCCAGUGAAACUGUAUACUCGGAGACUACGGCCAUUUACAAGAAUCUUCUGGCAGGAAAGUCGCCUCAAGAGAGUUUGCAGCCUGUACCAUAUCAGUUUAUCGACUAUACGGUCUGGCAAGAUAACUAUCUUCGGGACAAAGAAGUCGUAAACCCGUUGAUUGGUUACUGGAGAGAGAAGCUGAGAGAUAUUCCAGACUGUGUGUCUCUUCUUCCUAUGUCAUUGACGGACAAAAGACCAUCCACAAAGCUCAACCAAGUAGGCACUCUCGUCAGAGAACUUGAUUCUGAGUUAUCUGCUGCCAUUAAAACCUUCUGCAAGCACAAGGGGCUCACUCCCUUUAUGUUUAUGGCGUCAUCCAUUGCUGCUCUAGUUAAUCGGCUGACAGGAGACGAAGAUAUCGUUAUAAACAUUCCAGAUGGUGAUCGUGGCCAUUCAGCGUUUGACAAAUUAGUCGGGUUUACUGUCAAUACGUUACCAAUCCGAAGCAAGUUUCACAAUGCUAUGACAUACAGUAAGCUACUGGAUGAGUUCCGGGACUCCUGUUUGGGUGCAUAUGAGCAUCGAGCACUCCCAUUUGACUAUCUGAUUCAACAACUGGAAGUUCCACGACGCACAAGCCAUGCUGCUGUUUCCCAGAUAACGGUUAAUUAUCAAGCUCAGGGAUCGUUUCAAAAAGUUGACUAUGGUACAUUCCAAUUCGUCAAGUAUGACCAUUUCAACGCUAAAACCCAGUCGGAUUUCGUUUUGGAAGUCGAGGAACAGGAAGGCUCCGGAAUAUUGAAGUGCUCCUGGGAAUUUGAUACGGCCCUGUACAAUGAAAGCGGUAUCUCUGACCUAGCAGAAAUGUAUGCAGUCUUUAUCAACGACGUCAUUACUCGAGAUGGCGAUGUCAUGCUGGAAGACGUGCAGCUUAUAUCUUCGACUGAUCUGAAGCGACUUUCGUCCAUUCUCCAACCCUCAUACGAACUAGAGCCUUCCUUAGAGCAGUUGAACAACGACCUGUUCCCCGAACUAUUUACUAGCGCAGUGUCUCAGUCCCCAAAUGAUCCUGCUGUGUGUGAUGAUACUGGAAGUUAUACGUAUGUCGAGCUAAACGCGAGAACGAAUGCAAUUGCGAAUACCCUUCUUAGAAGUGGUGUUAGCCCUGGCGAUAGUAUUGCCAUUUGUUCCGAGCAGAACAAAGAUUUCCUAAUGGGCAUCUAUGGGAUCCUUAGGGCAGGAUGCAGUUACGUACCAAUUGAUCCAGACUUUCCGCUAGAACGAAUCAAGACUAUGCUUGAAGAUGCCAAUGUUCAAAGAGUUCUCGUGGAGAAAGUGAGCAGUGUUCAAGGACAACGCAUUUUGGCGUGCGGAAUGAAGCUCUCCGAUAUGUUCGAGAUCGACAGCAUUAUAAAUCUGGCUUCUGAUACUGACAAAACCUCUCCGAUCUUGAUUCGCCCUGUCAACAACUUAGACCCGUUCUGCUGUAUAUUCACCAGUGGAAGCACAGGACGUCCGAAAGGAAUAUUCCUAACACACGGUCAACUGCGUUACCAGAUGGAAGGCUAUAACAAAUACAUUGGACUUCAUAGGGAGAGCAAGAUUCUUCUGUCGUCCGCGAUAGUAUUUGACAUGUGUCUGCCGGCCGUUUAUGGGGCUAUUCAGUACGGAGCAACAGUUUGUGUUGCCUCGAGAGAGGCGCGUUAUUCACCGGCAAAGAUGGUCGACUUUGUCGUCGGUCACCACAUUUCGAGUUGUAUCUUCACUUCUACUCAGGCUCAAAUGUUGCUCAAUGCCCCCAACAAGGAGAAAUUGGUUGGAUGGAAGGAGGCGGAUUCCAUCGUGGUAGGAGGUGAAAUGACUCCUGCAUGGUUUUUGCGCGAGUUUUACAAGAUCCUACCUCAUGCCACGUUGUACAAUGCAUAUGCUCCGUCAGAGACAACUGUAGUGAACACUUUACGACGCAUCACAUUGGCCGAUUCGCAACGAGCAGGAAUGCCCCUGGAGGGACCUUUCUUUCCAGCACGUUUCCACAUUUUGGACAAAAAAAUGCGUCCAGUGCCGUUUGGAGUACCAGGAGAACUGUAUAUCGCCGGUCCAAAUGUUUCCAAGGCCUAUGUGAACCGACCGGAUGUCACCGCUGCAGCAUUUUUCAAAGACACUUGGGCACCGACGGUAGAAUUGGAAAUGGGAUACGGCAGCUUAUAUCGCACUGGUGACCUGUUCCGCGCCAAUCGGGAUGGUACCGUGGAUAUUCUCGGCCGCAUCAGCAGCGAUCGUCAAGUUAAAAUCCGAGGCAUGCGAACGGAGUUGGGUGAAAUCGAAAAUGUCAUAUGGGAUGCUUAUGAAGCUGCAAAGGAUGAACACAAUUUGAAAUUAUCCUUGGUUGCUGUCGUCUAUCAUCGAAAACCUGACAGUCAGGACGGUACAAUGGCAGCUUACAUCAGUCUGGCAGAAGAUUCUUUAGAGGUAUCUGCAGAAGAAAAAGGCCAGUUUCGGGCGUAUUUAAGUAUAUCUCUGAAAGCCUCUCUGCCGCCUCAUAUGCUUCCCGCCGUGUUUAUCUUCGUUGACGAUCUUCCACGUACUGUCAGUGGGAAAGUCGAUUAUAAAGUCAUCGCAUUGUGGCCAGCACCCACAGUUACUAGCUCAGCGGUCACGUCGAAUAAUAGCAGUGUUGAACUCACUGAAGUGCAGACUAUGAUUGCAUCAGUGUGGAAAGAUAUUCUAUCGAUUGACAGUAACCUCGGUCCUAAUGAUGAAUUCUUCGCCUUAGGGGGACAUUCCCUGAUGCUCGUCACUCUCCAGCAGAGGCUCGCUGCGGUCAGCGGCGUUACUAUCAAGUUACAGGACAUGUUUGCCUACCCAUCCAUUGCUGGGUUUGAAAGACUAAUUUUGAACGAUACCGAAGCUACACGCGAAGACUUGGUCUCAGAUCAGGUGAUUGACUGGGCCAAGGAAGCCUCUCUACCCAUGGGCACCACAUGGUCAAUCAAGGACUAUGUUUUCCGACCACCGUCGUCUGUGGUUGUAACCGGUGCCUCUUCCAUGAUAGGAGCACAUUUUGUACAACAUAUCCUUGCUACGACACAAUGUCAGGUUUACUGCAUUGCAGUUGAUGUGCCAGGAGACGAGGAUCCGGUUUCGCAAGUUAUAGCGACACUUUCUCGAUGGAAUCUGUUUUCAAAACUACCACAAGAUGCCAUGCAAAGACUGAAAGCUUACAAAGGAUCUCUCUCCCACGGCAGUCUGGGGUUAAAUGAGUCUCAAUUGGAAUUUUUAGAUCGCAAUACAGACGCAAUUUACCAUUUCGACUCGGAUGUCUCCAUGAUGAAAAACUAUAGGGAUAUUCGCGCAGGCAAUGUUGGGGCAAUGCAGUUUCUCAUUAAAUUUGCUUCCAGUCCGACAUCUGGUAGAGUGAAGCACCUCCAUUAUCUUUCCACUUGGGGAGUCCCGCAUCUACAAACCUGGGCGACGACUCAAUUGGAAAACCAGGAAUAUCUAAAGGGAGAGGAGGAAUUGACGAACAUGACACCGGGCCAGGAGAGCAGCUUGGGUUAUCUCAAAUGCCGCUGGGUUUCCGAGGCCAUGCUCUACAAAGCUGCAGGGCGGGGACUUCCAGUGAAUAUUUACCGGUCUUGCAUGGCAGGAACAAACGCGGAUUCACAACAGGGUUUGGAUCGCACUGAUAUUAAUCGACGCAUCAUUGAGUCCGCAUUGCAAACCGGGCUCGUCCCUGACUUCCGCAGCGAAAAGGGCGGUGGUAUGAGCUGGAUUGAGCUUGAUUUCCUCGUGAAGAGCAUCGACUUUUUGUCUCGUCGCGCUCCUCUUCCCGGCCAGGACUGUGCUCAUCAACGUGCUCGUAUAUACAAUGUGGUAUCGGAUCAGCACUUCCUCUACAGCCAGUUAGUUGACCUCCUGGGCUUUGCCCGCGACGGAACCAAACUGCGCUCGGUAGAGCCAAGCAAGUACUUGCAGGCCCUGCGGGCGACCGGCCACCCGGAGAUGAUGAUUCACGCAGAAGUGAUCCAGUCGUGGUACGAGGUGGGCUGGACUCCAUUCCAGCUGCAGGCCGACGAUACUUUACGGUUGUUGAAAACCGAAGCCAACCUGCAGCCACCACACGUGGACCGCGAGUUUAUUAUGAAGCGAGUCGUUGGAGAGGCUGGCUUUUGA